CUCCCCAGUGGCAAGCCGCAACGUUGUGUCUUCCACUCAGACUCGAGGCUUACUUGGGAUCAUGCUAUUAUCUGCUUCGACAUGCAUAGCCACUUUCAAAUGCCACACACCAUUCCUGACCCUCUUUCCUUCGUCCUGAACAGGCUCCCUUCUAAAAAAAAAAAAAAAAAAAAAAAAAAAAAAAAAAAAAAACCUCCUCCGCCGUCCCAAAGUUUCCUGCAUUUGUAUGCCCAAAUAUUCCACGAAUUGGACUAUAUCGUCCACAACGAACCGCCUCCUGAACUCAUCAUUUCUGGCGUUAAACUAGUGAAUUCGUUAAAUCAAUCAUAG